CUCAUUCGAUAGCGCUCUUUACGACGGAUUGGUGUAGGGUAUAGCCGGAUGACGGAACUUCAGGUUCAUAGCCCUGUCUGCACAAGCCAGCUCGGUCAUGUGUGCACACGGCCCCUGGCGUAUAUUAAGGCAGCGGAGAUUGCUCCAGUUGGCACAUUCAUCCUAGCAACCGUGCAAAUCAUGGCUAUGACCGGAACACAGACGCUCCUUACCCGCCUCACGGCGUUGAGCCCGCAGGUGCCCGAGGAUCCAGCCGUGUCUACGACCGAAACACAGGCCCUCCUCGCCGGUCUCGCGGCGCUACGCCAGCAGGUGCCUGAGGAUGAUGACCUUCGCCGGCAGCUGUCCCAGGCGCUGUCGCAGGCCCUGGUGGCAGUCGAACGGCCAUUGGAGACCGUGCACCGGAUCUCUUUCGCAGUAGGUGCUGCUGCCCCUCCGGAUCACGUUCGUUGACGCUAACACAAACCCAGCCGCUGCAAUUGACGAUGACCAAGGUCGCCAUCGACCUGAACCUCUUCGAG